ACUGAUAUAGUCCAAUAAUGAGCCGUGACUUCCAUGAAAAGGAAAAUGUUAACAUGAAUUUAUGAAGACGAUAUUCCUUUCCGCGCUUUGCAUUGAAAAACAGGCGUGCCAUUGGCGAAGUACUCCAGACUACUUUUACGCAUCAUCGCUUUUUAGUCUCUCAGUCAGGAUUAAAAUAAAACAUAGUUUACUAUUUGUUUGACACGAAAUUAUAGUUUAGGCGACCUCAGGCAUGCAUAUUACUGUGGACUUGAAGCGAAGCGUCAGUGCCGCGGUUAGUGUGAAAUAGAGGAUUGGACUCGUUGACAGGCCGUUCCUGUCCUCUGUUCCAGUAGUUCCUAAAUGGUGAGUCUGGAUCACUAGUCCAGACCUCAUAGGUCGCAGCUAUGUGUUGUCAUGGUGGAAAACAUUGUAGUCUCGUUUAUGUGGUGGGUCAUGCGUAAACUGGAAUGACCUCAGGUGGGUCAAAGUUUUGGAAGCAGUCAACUGUUUACCCGGGGUAGGGGGCAGAGAAGAGAAAUCGUUUUGUGCUGUGUUUUCUGAGCGAGACGAGAAGGUGGGCCGAUGGCAAUGGAAUGCGUUUGUUGGAGGGGGAGGAGUAUGACUAUGUAAUUAAGUGAGAAGAAAAAUCUUACGGACUGAUUUGUUAGUAUCGCGCAGACCGAGGGUGUACGGGUCGAUAUUCUAGGCUAUCAAGUUUGAAAAGAAGAGUGUGGGGAUCCAAAAUUCAGCGCUUUCUAUACUUUACAUAAUGCUUUUAUGAAUGGACCUCUCACAUUAUAAAGCGCACGGUUCCAGAGUAGCGAGAUUUAUUUUAAUUUGCACCGGCUCGGAUUGAGAUAGCCAUAAAGACAUUCAAAGUGCUUCUUUGUAAAAGCAUAGCCUAUCUGCCAUAUCGUCUCCAUUUGAACUGAGACAUGGGAUUGUUUGGACUUCCACAAUCUCACUGAUGUUCUUGGAUAAGACAUUCUUUACGCGGAUAACUUCUCCACAAUAUUGCAUGGUGCUUUACGGACAAGGAAGAAUGGCGCGAUAAAGUGAUCUUCAGAGAAAUCAAUCGAAGUACCUAUUUUGUGUACACUGUUGGCUGAUGAUGUACUCUCCAAUUUGUCUUACUCAGGAUGAAUUUCAUCCCUUCAUCGAGGCACUUCUCCCUCACGUCCGUGCCAUCGCCUACACGUGGUUCAACCUCCAGGCGAGGAAACGCAAGUACUUCAAGAAGCAUGAGAAGCGGAUGUCCAAGGACGAGGAGCGCGUGGUCAAGGACGAACUGCUCAGCGAGAAGCCCGAGAUCAAGCAGAAGUGGGCCUCGAGGCUCCUCGCCAAGCUCCGCAAGGACAUCCGCCAGGAGUACCGUGAGGACUUUGUGCUCAGCGUGACAGGCAAGAAGCACCCGUGCUGUGUCAUCUCCAACCCUGACCAGAAGGGCAAGAUCCGGCGGAUCGACUGUUUGCGGCAGGCCGACAAGGUGUGGCGCUUGGACCUGGUCAUGGUCAUCCUGUUCAAAGGCAUCCCGUUGGAAAGUACAGAUGGAGAGCGCCUCAUCAAGUCGCCGCAUUGUACCAACCCAACACUUUGCGUCCAGCCGCAUCACAUAACCGUGUCGGUCAAGGAACUGGACUUGUUUCUAGCAUACUAUGUCCAGGACCAAGACUCACAGCAGUCAGGAAGUCCCAGUAACAAUGAGCCAGGCAAGAACCCAGUUUACUUGGAAGACAGCUUCAUCAAAUCAGGAGUCUUCAGUGUUUCAGAGCUGGUGCGAGUGUCCAGAACGCCCAUUACCCAGGGGGCAGGGGUGAACUUCUCCAUGGCCGACAUGCCAAGUCAGCCGUACUACCAGGACCUGAACUCCAGCGUGGGCCUCCAUCGCUCCCUCUCCUCCCCCCCUGGCAGUAAACGGCCCAAGACCCUCAACAUAGAGGAGAGUAUGGAGACCAGUCCCACUGGCCCUGACUUCUAUUCUUCCCCUAGCUCCCCAGCUAGCGGCAGCAGGACCUGGCACGAGAGAGAAGAUAUGUCAUCUCCCACCAUGAAGAAGCCAGAGAAGCCCUUGUUCAGCCCCACCUCCCCGCAGGACUCCUCCCCCAGACUGAGCACUUUCCCCCAGCACCACCACCCUGGACUCACAGGGGUUGGACACAGUGUUAUAUCAACGAGGAGCCCUCCCCCCCACUCCCCCCUGCAGUUCUCUGCCUCGGCCAUCUUGCCCCCUGCCCCGUCACCCUACUUCUCUCACCCCACCAUCCGCUACCCGCCCCAUCUCAACCCCCCUGACUCCCUGAAGAGCUACGUGCCCAGCUACGACCCGUCCAGCCCACAGAGCAGCCAGCCUAACAGCAGUGGCCAGGUGGGGAAGGUUCCAGGCCACUUCACCCCAGUCCUGGCCCCCUCUCCGCACCAUGGCACAGUGCGACCCGUCUCUCUCUCCAUGCCCGACACCAAGCCCAUCACAUCAGAAGGUGAGUACAACGGAUACUCAGCCCCGGGCACCCCCACAGCCAAUCGUUUUGUAGGACUGAGCCCUAGAGAUCCGGCCUUCCUUCACCAGCAACAGCUCAGGAUAUGUGACUGGACCAUGAAUCAAAACGGCAGGCAUUAUGGCCCCAGUGGCACUGAGGAUACUUUGGGGAUUGCUUGGCAAAGUCCUGGUACCUGGGCGAGCUUAGUUCCAUUCCAAGUCACGAACGGGACUCCAAUUCUGCCAACAAAUGUCCACCAGAACUACAGCAUAAACAUCAUUGACUUGAGUUGGUUUGGAGCGAAUCUGAUCCGGUCCACUCUAGCUAACUCUAUGCCAUGCCAGACAGUCAUUGUGUGAGAAGAGCCUUUCCAUUCAAAAUACUGUGAUGUAUCCUGUACAAAAACAUUUAGAUGCCUUAAUAUUUUGCAUGACAACUCUUAGUCUGAUAGUGGUAUUCUUCUUCUUCAUUCUGUUGUUGGGAGUUUCUAACCUUAGUUUACGAACAGGGGAAGUGAUCAGAAACACACAAAGGCUGACUGUAAGUUAUUCAACUCUGACCUUUACCCCUUCUGCAGAAGAGGCUCCCAUGUCAAACUAUUGACUAUUACAUUUACAUUUACAUCAUUUAGCAGACGCUCUAUGUAACCAUAGGAACAAAUUGUGAAUUCAGAGUUUUUUGGGUGGGGGGGAGGGAUUUCAGUUUACUGUGAUACAAUUUCUCUUUUGUCUGAAACUUGUUAUCCUGUUGAUUCUGUACUGCUAUCCACUUAAAGGUUAGUUAUACUCCUUAGAGUUGUGAACUCUUACUAUAGUAAAAAAAGAACAAGAGAAAAACACUAUAUUUUUAGGUUAGAGAUUUGACCCGUUUUUUAAGAAUUCGUAUAUCCUCUAGAAAAGGAAAAAAAAAAGAAAAAAAAUUAUCUAAAAAUCUCGAAAGAGGCAAGUGCAAUUGAAUUUUUGAAGGGAAACUAUGUCUGUCAGCCCUAAGACUCUAAAGGAAGGAGGGUAAAAAUUAAACUUCGUUGUUUUAAAUACGUAAAAAGGUUUAAAAAAAAUAACAUUUGAGUUGAUUUCAGUCGCUUUUCCAUGUAUCUAAAUAUGGAAAGAAAAGAAUACUAAGCCUGAAAUGCAGUGAUGUGUUUGAAGGUGCGCAUUAAGCUACCUGUGCAGAACUGAAUAUGAACAAGACAGCACUUCUAUUGAGCCCUACUCAGUCUCAUGGGGAGCUUCUUAUUUAUUGUGAGGAAAGAAAUACAUUUUUUGUUUUUUUGUUUUUUAAACACACGUAGUGUAUAAAAUGGCAUCUGAAAUCAAGAACAUAUGCAUUUGGCCAUCAGCUUAUGAAGCUUGUGUUUAUAAUAUGACUUGAUGAAAAAAAAAAAAGAAUGCAGGCUGUUGAAGUCAUUCACGAAAAUGUAUGUGUAUGUCGAAAAAUCUACACUUUUUGUGCAACCCUGAACCUUCAAGGUUGCAGAGGGUUGCAUAUUUUGCUUCUUGAACACUCAAAUCCCAGAUACAGUGGUGGCAGUCCCUGAAAUCUAGAAUUGUGCAUGGCAGGUCUAUUGCCUUGGCCUCUCUCCAAGUCCAGAUAUAUUUAUAUGACCAAUCUCUCCAAUACUCUUAAUUUGCACGAUGACAUACUAGUCCACAUUACGUGCCUUGCCUUUGAUUAUAGAGUCAUCACUACACUUGUUUUUUGCUGCAUUUAUUACCAUUAUAGAAAAUAAAUUAACAUUUUUAUGAUAAGUAAAUUGUUUUGUACUCUGAAUGAAAAUGGUGACAUUGUUGAUUUUAACGUUCCUUUACUACUUUAUCUCACAGUUACAUUGCAUAUCAAGGCUGUGUAUAGUCGCCGUUCUAAAGUUUAUAAUCAACCAUAAUUAUUUUUCAGUAUUUUCGGUGGUUUUUUAAUAACCUUUCAUUUUUGUUGUUAUCGUUUUUGUCAUUUCGUUUUUGUUUUUCAUCUUCCAGUUACUAUCGAGGAGGGAGGAAUUCAGAUGUAUGAAAAUUAUGCAAUACCAACUUUUGCCUAUGUAGGUAGUGCUUAUAGAUAUGUCAACUAUUAGAGGCUAGUUUGGAGACAAUAUUGUAAUGCAUUUAUUUUGUUGAUAUUGUUGUUGUUGUUGUUGUUGUUGUUGUUGUUGUUUUCCUAUUUUAAUUGACCAAAGUGGGACUGCUUUCUAUGCAGUGUAUGAGAAGGUCUUUUUUAGUGUACUGAGAGAUGGAGAGACAUGUUUCAGUGUGUUUUGAAUUCUUGGUGGGGGAGGGAGGGGGUCUUUUUUCUAAGCUUACAGUUUGUCUGUAAAGAAUGCACCCGUUGGUCUCGUUUGGCUGCAAUGUCACUGAUCUGUCUACUGUGACAAAUUUGACUAUUUUCUUUCAACUUCCCACCUGGGGUGCUAGCAUGUGACAUUGACUAAGCUCAUUUUCACAGGAGAGAUGGCUUGACUUGAGUGUGACAAUCAUUAAAAAAAUAAUUUCAGGAGAGGAACACAUUAACCUUAAUCAGACCCGCAAUUGAAAACUGAAACCAUACUGCAAUUGUGAAAAGCCAACACUUUGUUCAUACUACUUGUAUACAGUAUGCAGGAAACUAUAUUAGCGUUAACCCUUAACAUACAUCUGUGCCAUUCUAUUAUCAGUCGCUGUGUGCAAUUCCCAAGUAGAUGCCUUAAAAUAUAUAUAAAUUAAAGUUACCUGUUACACAUGAGCUACAAUCAACAAACUGACAAAUGCUUGUGAGACCAGUCAAAUCAGUCUAAAGAAAGUAUUUGUAAGUAGUCAAAUUUAUGCACUAAAUCUGUAUAAACCCCAGGGAUACCUCUAAUCAUCUGGGGAAGUUAUUUUAUCGCUAUAGGGAGCCUUGUAUUUUAUAAUGUAAGCUAUGGACUACAGAGGAAGGAUAUCUGCUAUUUUCCUUGUACUCUGUAGGACCAGAAGAAUAAGAAGAAAAAUAGAGCCCUUGCAUAGCACAUAGGCAUUGGUUAAUCGUCUUCCCCAAGUGUGUGGUGUCAAAUAUAUAACUCUAAAAAAGUCUUACAUAUAUGAACAAAAACAAAAUCUCAGGCAUUACAGGGCAUUACGAAUUCCAAUGAUAACUCUCCCACUUUGUAAUAUGAGAAACUACUUUUAUAACUCAAAUAGACACUAUCCACAAUGAUGUUUUGACACCUGUUGCACUCUAUCCCAACAAUUGUGAACAUUCUUACCUGCUUCAUUCGAAGCAAGGUACUGUAUUAUAUACCCAACACUUUUUGAGAGGCCAGAAAGUAUAUAAAACGUAUUAAACUCAAGUCAAGCUUAUUCUCUCCUCCUUCACCAAAAUACUUAUUCUGAUUUUGUGAAGAAAAAACAUAACAAAAAAAAGCCACCCCGUUCUAUGUGCACUGUUCUGCCUUUUUUGUGUGAAAACGUAAGUGCUUUGCAGCCUCUGGCCAUUGGAGACCCCACUGAAGUGCAUUUUCCCUGAGUUAAGUGUGAUAGAAAUGUGUCAGGCUUGAUGUGGUGUUGAUAUUUUGGGUAGAAGACUGUCUGUAUAUAAAGGUGAAUACUGUGGUGGCGUCGAUAGCAGUAGUCCUUUGGGGUCAAAUCUGCUUUUUGCAGCUUGUGAGUAAUGUGUGUUUGUGAGAAUGUGUGAGUAUGUGUGUGCUUGUAAGAGAGAAUGUAUGAGGGAUAGAGAGAGUGAAACUACACAUCGAGCGAAGAUGAGGGUAUUUCUAUUGAGAAGCCUGCCUUAUAGGCAGGAGUUUGUACACUGUAGUCUUUUUCAUGAUUUUUCUUUGACGCCCUUGUUUGUAAGUGUUUUCAAACAUCUUGGGGAAUAUGAGUCAAUUCCAUUUCAUGAAAAAAAGAAAAAACAAUAAAUUGGUUGCGGCUGGACUUGAGUUACAACUCUCCAGCUUUCCCAAAAUAAUCGAAAAUAAAAGUAUUUUAUCAAUUUUCCAUAUUCCUGUAUUUAGGGGAAGUAUCCUAUACAGAACCCUAAAAUGUAAAAAAAAAAAUAUAUAUGUUUUUUUUAAAUUGUGUUUGUGCUUAUAAACUUUCCAUUUUGGAAACAUUUCAGUAAUAUUUUAAAUUCUUGUUUUUGUUAGUGUGGCCAUAGUACAGAGUGUGAUGUGAUUAUGUGGUUUUGAAUCCAUGUCGGAGAGCGAGGGAAAUAGAGGAUUGAUUGGGGUUCUAUGUUUAACGGUAGGGGAUAUCUAUUCAUGUCACUUUACAAUAAAGUUACCUGAUUUGAGCCUACCACCAGUGAAUACCAGGGUAACGUCUUAAGUGACAUCAUAGAUUGUUCUACUGUGCUAAAAUCAAGUGUGUUGUGUCAAUCGUACGUAAGUCCUCCUUUAGAAAUGUGCCGUAUAGAGCUUUGCUCAGAAAAAUCAUAAUUACAGGAUGAUGAAACAAUCCAUGAGAAGUUUGGCGCUAGCAUUUGACAAUGUUUUGAUGUGUCUAUUAGAGGUUUGGAACAGGCAUGUGUAUGCAACAUCAAGCAAGUAGUUCCGCUGUGAGGAUUGGUUGAUGUAAGUCCUUUGUGGCCCCAAGGCAUCACAGAUUUUUGCACUUUCCAUAAUUUAAACUACAUUUGAUUCAAGCCCUUCAAGUACUCCUAUUGCCCUUAGAAAUUGCCCUUAGAUUCUCCAGACCUUUUAUAUCAGUGUUUCACUCAUGGUAGAUCUUUCAUAGAUAUACAGGUAUUGGCAGGUUUUUUGUUGCAUACAUUUUUUAAGGUAAUAUUUAUUUUCAAAGGGCUACUUUAAUUUGAUCAUGUCUGGACAGUAUGUACAUGGUUGAAACCGUUUUCACAGAAUGACAUGUAGGCCCACGGAUAAGAAAGGCUUGGUAGAGAUUAGUAUUAUUCAAUAUUCAGUAAUGAUUGCUGAAAGCUAUCCAUGGUCAACCGUUCAGUUAGUACCUUAUGCAAGGAGGACCAGUGGCAAUCAUGCAAUAUCUGUGUAGUUGUAGUUACUGAAUGUUUAGUGCUCUAGGGACUAAGAGGACAGAUGGAUGGACGAAAGCGCUUUCAGGAGGUGUGUUUUUACGCAAGCAAUAGAUGUGUUCCAUGUAUGGAUUAUUAACAUCAGGUUGUUGUUGUAAGCAGGAAACAUAAAAACCAGCAUUUUAUGUCUUAUUAAUCACUAAACAAAAUAUAUUAUUAAUUCAGUGCCUGUUCAAGCUCACCGUCUCAGUGGAGUGUCCAUUGUUAAUAUGUGUGGGGCGCCUUGGGGUGUUCUCCCGAAUCUUUUGUUUGUUGUUUUGGUUUUGGUUUGAGAUGUGGCUUCGCAACAGCGGUUUUUUGUGCUUCAUUCAUUUGAAGGUCUUGUUCAACUGGGUGCGCGCGUCUCAUGCUUGGUCUUUGAGGGAAAAAAAACGAUGUGUACACGUCAUUUGGACAGUGUGUUUAUUUGGAUUGUCAAUUGCUACAUUAUGUAAACUAAUGUCAUUUGAAAUUAAUGCUUGCCAACUUCUCCGCACGGUUGACUUCUUAUGGGUCUUGUGGCACUUUUACUCCCUCUGCGCACACAUUAUUACGAUGGCGAAUCACUUCAAGGUGAAUUAAAAAACACAACAACAACAACAACAACACCAAUGAAAUAAUGUAACAGUCUCCAGUAGUGACUUGUAGUAACACUACAGGUGUGUGCAAAGGUCUAUGUAUGUAUUGAAUGUACGUUUUAGAGGACUUUUGAAACCUUUUUGUUUAUAUCUUGUUAUUUUACAGUUUAGGAACCACAGGUAUCCAUUGUGAACUGUAUAGCGAAGUCCUUGAUAUCCCUUCUUUUUUUAUUGAUUUUAGAACUUUAAAGCAGUAGGCAAUGCCUUUGAGAUGGUUACAUUUGGUGCAGAGGCUAAAAUUGCCACAAGAUUAAAAUCAAUGUAAAUAAGGCUCAACAUUUUUUGUGAUUGUUACUGUAAUAUCCAGCCUAUACUGCUAGCAGCUGUUUUUACUGCAGUCAAUUACUGGAAGUGGAUAUAUUUCCUAUGCAAAACUGUUUAAACAAUAAAAUGAGCUAUGCUACAAAAAUG